AUGAAUAAUUUAUUUUUUUUAAUUAUUUUUAUUCCUAUUUUAGCUUUUAUUUUAUUAGGUGUUAAUAUUUUAUUAGCUGUUCAUAGACCAGAUGAAGCUAAAGUUUCUGCUUAUGAAUGUGGAUUUUUAGCUUUACCUGAUCAAACAAGAUCUACUUUCCAAAUUCAUUUUAUGAUUGUUGCUUUAUUAUUUUUAAUUUUUGAUUUAGAGUUAGUUCUUCUUUUCCCUUUAGCUGUUACUCUUUAUCAAGUUUCUUCAUUUGGAUUUACUAUUGGAAUUAUUUUCUUUAUAGUUUUAACAAUUGGAUUUAUACUUGAAAUUGGAUCUGGGGCUAUAGGAUUAAAAAAUUUUAUUAAUAGCAGUAACCAAAAGUAA